UCGAUGACCGGAGAGAUCCGUGCGUGAAGAAAUGCGAGUUGAGAUUCACCUUUUCAGCGAAGGUGACCUAGGAAGCGUGAAGCUGCACUAACCCGAGAAGUUGCUACCUUCACCCCGGCGGAGCGAGCUAAGAUGAACAAGUUACGGCAGAGCUUUCGGAGGAAGAAAGACGUGCACAUCCCCGAAGCCAGCCGCCCCCACCAGUGGCAGACGGACGAAGAGGGGGUCCGGACUGGGAAAUGCAGCUUCCCCGUGAAGUAUCUUGGCCACGUAGAAGUUGAUGAAUCCCGAGGAAUGCACGUAUGUGAAGAGGCCGUGAAGAGACUGAAAUCUCAGGAAAGGAAGUUCUUCAAAGGCUUCUUUGGAAAAACUGGAAAGAAGGCAGUGAAAGCAGUCCUUUGGGUUUCAGCAGAUGGACUCCGCGUUGUGGAUGAAAAGACUAAGGACCUCAUAGUCGAUCAGACAAUAGAGAAGGUUUCUUUCUGCGCCCCAGACCGGAACUUCGAUCGGGCCUUCUCGUACAUCUGCCGUGACGGUACCACGCGGCGCUGGAUCUGUCACUGCUUCAUGGCCGUCAAGGACACAGGGGAGCGCCUGAGCCACGCGGUGGGCUGCGCCUUCGCCGCCUGCCUGGAGCGGAAGCAGAAGCGGGAGAAGGAGUGCGGGGUGACUGCCACCUACGACGCCAGCCGGACCACCUUCACCCGGGAGGGUUCCUUCCGCGUCAGCACGGCCACGGAGCAGGCCGGCAGGGAGGAGGCCCUCCGCCAGGCCCAGGACAACAGCAGAGCAGAGGCUGAGGCGAAGACCCAGGGGAGCGCAGCCCCCGCCCCGUCCUCACCCACGUCGCCCGGCGGAGAGAGGGAGGCACCCAACCCGCACGCCAUCCCCCGGCGCCACGCGCCCAUCGAGCAGCUGGCCCGCCAGGGCUCCUUCCGCGGCUUCCCGGUCCUCAGCCAGAAGAUGUCCCCCUUCAAGCGCCAGCUGUCCCUCCGCAUCAACGAGCUGCCGUCCACCAUGCAGAGGAAGACCGACUUCCCCCUGAAAAACGCCGUGCCCGAGAUGGAGGGGGAAGGGGAGAGCAUCAGUUCGCUGUGCUCCCAGAUCACCAGCGCCUUCAGCCUCCCGCCCGAAGACCCCUUCUCCUCGGCCCCCAUGACCAAAGCGGCUCCGGCCGGGGGUCUCCCGGCGUCUGCCACAUUCCAAGGCCCGGAGUGGGGGCCCCCGUCCGGAGCCGCGGCCCCCGGCGUCCCGCAGUGGGCUCACCGGCGCACGCCCUCGGAAGCGGACCGCUGGCUGGAGGAGGUGUCCAAGACGGUGCGGGCCCACCCGCCGGCACCGGCCUUCGGCCCCGCCCGGCCCUCCCCGGUGGCCAACGGGCUGGGCUUGCCGAUGGCGGCCAACGUCUUCGGCCCCGCCGGCCCGCCGCACCCGGCCCCCUUCCCCCGGGCCUCGGGACCCCCGGCCCGGCAGCCCAAUGGCUCGGCGGCCCCCGACGGGCUGGACGGCGGGCGGCCGUGGCGGACGGCCGGGGACCCGCCCGUCGACCCGUUCGAGGCCCAGUGGGCCGCCUUGGAGAGCCAGGCCAAGCAGCUGGCCAACCCCUCGCCCACCAACCCGUUCUCCAGCGACCUGCAGAAGACGUUUGAGAUCGAACUCUGAGCCCGGGGGUGGGCGGCUCUCGCCGGCAUUUGCUGGCCCCGGGCAGGCCGGGGGGGUGGGGGGCCGACCCUCUCUUUCCCGGCGGGUUCGGUCACCGGGCCAGGGAGCUGGGGACAUAGGGGCCUGCCUGUGGGUUGGACAAAUGGUGGGGCUUCGCCCCUCCCGCCCCCUGCCUCGAUUUCCCCCCCCCACCCUGUCAUGGGGAAAAAUGGGGACGGGAGCCGGCCCCCGCGAUGCCAAAUGGGAACAAAGAAGCGCGGACCCCCUCGGGCCGGCCGCUCGUAGCCGCCCGGGAAGGAGGACCAGUAGUCACUUGGGGCUGGGGACCAGCUGGGAG